AUGAGUACUGAGGCGGAACAUGAGCCUGAUUUGGUGCAGGAAAAACAUGGCUAUGAAGAACCUUCCAAUGAAUCAGUGGGACUUGGCAUGGAAGAACAAAACAUUGAAGACGAGGAAGAGAUGAACUACUUGUACAACAGAAAGUAUUCAAGAGAAGAGUUGGAAGAAAUAAACACAGACAAAUAUCAAAUUGAAGAGGAAGGGUAUGAAGGCACAGACGAAAAUGGUGAAAAUGGAGAACGCAGAGAGGAUAUAUAUUUAACUGAUGGAAACGAGAGUUCAGAAACGGGCUUGUCAGUAGGACUAGAGACCCGUUCACCAAGAGGCUCGUCAGCAGGACUGGAGGCCCAUUCACCAAGGGGCUCGUCAGCAGGACUGGAGGCACGUUCACCAAGGGGCUCGUCAGCAGGAUUAAAGGUACGUUCACCAAGGAGCUCAUCAGCAGGACCAGAGGCACGUUCACCAAGGGGCUCGUCAGCAGGACUGGAGGACCGUUCACCAAGGGGCUCGUCAGCAGGACUGGAGGCAUAUUCAUCAAGAGGCUCGUCAGCAGGGCUGGAGGCACGUUCAGGGAGCAUUUCACCAGAGAUUGAUUCUCAUUCUCCAAGAGACUAUUCACCGGAAUUAAAUGCCGGUUCAUCUAAACCCAUUUCACUGAAACAAGAUUCUGUUUCACCAAGAGGUUCUUCCCCAGAAGUUUAUACCCAUUCACAAGGAAGCUCCUCACCAGAAUUAGAUUAUUAUUCACCAAAUGAAUCUUCCCUAGCUUUGAGGCCUGAUUCUGCGACACCCUCUUAUGCAGAAGAACAGGAAGUUCAACUACUACAGUGGCGGAUAGUAGAGCAAGAAACCACCUCAACAUGGGGCUCAUCAGUAGGGGUGGCAGCACGUUCACCAAGGGGCUCGUCAGCAGGACUGGAGGCACGUUCACCAAGGGGCUCGUCAGCAGGACUGGAGGCACGUUCACCAAGGGGCUCGUCAGCAGGACUGGAGGCACGUUCACCAAGGGUCUCGACAGCAGGACUGGAGGCACGUUCACCAAGGCCUGUCAGCAGGACUGGAGGCUCGUUCACCAAGGGGCUCGUCAGCAGGACUGGAGGCACGUUCACCAAGGGGCUCGUCAGCAGGACUGGAGGCACGUUCACCAAGGGGCUCGUCAGCAGGACUGGAGGCACGUUCACCAAGGGGCUCGUCAGCAGGACUGGAGGCACGUUCACCAAGGGGCUCGUCAGCAGGACUGGAGGCACGUUCACCAAGGUCCUCGUCAGCUGGACUGGAGGCUCGUUCACCAAGGUGAUCGUCAGCACGACUGGAGGCUCGUUCACCAAGGGGCUCGUCAGCAGGACUGGAGGCUCGUUCACCAAGGGGCUCGUCAGCAGGACUGGAGGCACGUUCACCAAGGGGCUCGUCAGCAGGACUGGAGGCACGUUCACCAAGGGGCUCGUCAGCAGGACUGGAGGCACGUUCACCAAGGGGCUCGUCAGCAGGACUGGAGGCACGUUCACCAAGGGGCUCGUCAGCAGGACUGGAGGCACGUUCACCAAGGGGCUCGUCAGCAGGACUGGAGGCACGUUCACCAAGGGGCUCGUCAGCAGGACUGGAGGCUCGUUCACCAAGGGACUCGUCAGCAGGACUGGAGGCUCGUUCACCAAGGGGCUCGUCAGCAGGCCUGGAGGCACGUUCACCAAGGGGCUCGUCAGCAGGACUAGAGGCUCGUUCACCAAGGGGCUCGUCAGCAGGACUGGAAGCUCGUUCACCAAGGGGCUCGUCAGUAGGACUGGAGGCUCGUUCACCAAGGGGCUCCUCAGCAGGACUGGAGGCACGUUUGCCAAGGGGAUCGUCAGCAGGACUGGAGGCACGUUCACCAAGGGGCUCGUCAGCAGGACUGGAGGCACGUUCACCAAGGGGCUCGUCAGCAGGACUGGAGGCACGUUCACCAAGGGGCUCGUCAGCAGGACUGGAGGCACGUUCACCAAGGGGCUCGUCAGCAGGACUGGAGGCACGUUCACCAAGGGGCUCGUCAGCAGUUCAGGAGAACAGCAAUGA